UUAUAUUAGUUUCAGGUGUACAACAUAAUGAUUUCACAUUUGUAUAUAUUGCAAAAUAAUCACCACAAGUCCAGUUACCAUAUGUCACCUUACAGAGUUAAUACAAUAUUACUGACUGUAGUCCCCAUGCUAUAUAGUACAUCCCUAUGGCUUAUUAAUAAUUUGUGAAUUAAUGAGCCCCGCCCCCCAAAUUUUCAUUCCAGAAGUGUCCGCCUUUCUCUCUCCCUGUCACUGUCAUUUUCCGGGGUUUUUGAGGCCUUACCUUGCACAUUCUUAAUUCUACUGUCUUUGUCUCUUUGUUUAUAUCUCUGCUUUUCUCUGCGUCUGUCUCUCUGACUCUAUCUGAAGAAGAGACUACACUCUCCAAGUCUCUUACUGCCUCUGACUGGUUCUCUGGGUUUCUUACUAACUCCCUUUGCAUACCUCUGGGUCUUUGUUACCGGCAUUAGGGUCCCUCUCUCUAUCUGCAUCUAAAGACCUCCCUCCUGUCCCUUCUCUUUUAUAAAAAUCCAAUGGAUAGGACUAGCCCAUUGCCCUUAACAAACAUGGCGAUAUGACACCGCCUCGGCAGCGCGUGUGCCCUCAACUACAAUGGCAGUGGAUCUCGCGAGCGCUGGGGCUCUCUCGCUGCAGGCCCCUGCGCCAAGCUCGCGGGUCUGCUGGACCCACCCACCGCGAGCCCUCAUUGGUGCGGCUCAGGCCAGCCGGACAGCCAUUGGCUGAGCGGAGGCACACUCCCCCACACACACCCCUGGGUCAGAUGGGGGCGGUUGGUGCUGACUUGAGGGGCCGUUUGGAGGAGGACCCGGCGUCUGAGGAGGGUGCGGGGGUCCGGGCAGGGACGCGAGUCUGGGUUACCGCGGGACCAAGAGGAACGGAGAGACGCAGGCCCAGGACUGGGGUACCAGGGUUAUGGGAUGGAGAUGGAGAACCAGAACCGGGGCUGAGGGAUCCAGGAAUGGAAACCCAGGCCCUGCACAUACAACGGCUGCGCCCAAAGCCUGAAGCCAGGCCCCGGGGCGGCCUGGUCCUGCUGGCUGAGGUCUCAGGCUGUUGUACCCUGCGGAGCCGCAGUCCCUCUGACUCAGUGGCCUACUUCUGUAUCUACACUUAUCAGCGGGGCCGGCGAGGGGGCCGACGCAGAGCCACACGCACCUUUGGGGCUGAUGGGGCAGCCACCUACGAGGAGAACCGGGCUGAGGCCCAGCGCUGGGCCACUGUCCUCACGUGUCUGCUCCGUGGACUGCCACUGCCUGGGAAUGGGGAAAUCACCGCCAAUCUUCUGCCAAGGCCACCCCGAUUGCUGCUAUUGGUCAAUCCCUUUGGUGGGCGGGGCUUGGCUUGGCAGUUGUGUAAGAACCACGUGCUGCCCAUGAUCUCCGAAGCUGGGCUGUCCUUCAACCUCAUCCAGACAGAACGACAGAACCACGCUCGGGAGCUGGUCCAGGGACUGAGCCUGAGCGAGUGGGAUGGCAUCAUCACAGUCUCAGGAGAUGGGCUGCUGUACGAGGUGCUGAAUGGACUCCUAGAUCGCCCCGACUGGGAAGAGGCUAUGAAGACUCCUGUGGGCAUCCUCCCCUGUGGCUCAGGCAAUGCAUUGGCUGGAGCUGUGAACCAGCAUGGGGGGUUUGAGCAGGCCCUGGGCAUUGACCUGCUGCUCAAUUGCUCACUGCUGCUAUGCCGGGGUGGCUGCCGCCCGCUGGACCUCCUUUCUGUGACCCUGGCCUCGGGUUCCCGCUGUUUCUCCUUCCUGUCUGUGGCCUGGGGCUUCAUAUCAGAUGUGGACAUCCAGAGUGAGCGCUUCAGGGCCUUGGGCAGUGCCCGCUUCACACUGGGCAUGGUGCUGGGCCUUGCCACCUUGCACACCUACCGUGGACGCCUCUCCUACCUCCCUGCCACCGUGGAGCCUGCCUCACCCACCCCUGCCCAUGGCCUGCCUCGUGCCAAAUCUGAGUUGACCCUGGCCCCUGUCCCACCUCCACCCAUGGCCCACUCACCACUUCAUCGCUCCGUAUCUGACCUGCCCCUGCCACUGCCUCAACCUGCCCUGACCUCCCCUGACUCACCUGAACCACUACCCAUCCUGUCAUUCAAUGGUGGGGGCCCAGAGCUGGCCAGGGACUGGGGUGGGGCUGGGGAUGCUCCACUGUCCCCAGACCCACUGCUGCCCUCACCUCCUGGCUCCCCCAAGUCAGCUCUACUCUCACCCACCACCGAGGGGACACCAGAAAUGCCAGCAUCCUCUGGGCUUCUGCCUCCCACCCCUGAUGGUGACCCAGUAGUCAUCUCUACUGGAGGUCCACCAGACCACCUGCUCCCUCCUCUGGGAACCCCGCUACCCUCAGGCUGGGUGACACUGGAGGGGGACUUUGUGCUCAUGUUGGCCAUCUCACCCAGCCACCUGGGGGCUGACCUCGUGGCAGUUCCCCACGCACGCUUUGAUGAUGGCCUGGUGCACCUGUGCUGGGUGCGUGGUGGCAUCUCACGAGCUGCACUGCUGCGCCUUUUCCUGGCCAUGGAGCAUGGUAGCCACUUCAGCCUGGGCUGCCCGCAGCUGGGCUAUGCCGCAGCUCAAGCCUUUCGCCUGGAGCCGCUCACUCCCCGCGGAGUGCUCACGGUGGAUGGGGAGCAGGUGGAGUACGGGCCCCUGCAGGCGCAGGUGCAUCCAGGCCUCGGUACACUGCUCACUGGGCCUCCAGGCCACCCUGGGCGGGAGCCCUGAACCUCACAAAACUUGGAACCCGCUAUUGUCAGGGCCUACAUUCCAAGGGAGCAGAGCCUGAGCUCCGGGUGUGGCCUGGCUGCUAGAGUUAGGGCGGAGGCCCCAUGUGCAGGGACUCUAGCCCAGUCUCAGGACUGCGCCAGCCUCCAGGGGACUUGAGGUGAUGCUAGAGGGUGGCUUGAAUGGUAGGGGGUGGGGGCCAUCAGGGUCACAGGAAAGUGGACUCUCCCGGGGAGGGUAGUGCCUGACCAGUGAGGGAGGGGUUCAGUCCAGACCCUCCCAGCUCACUGAAGACCAGGUCAGCUUGUUAUAUCCUCCAAUAUACAGGCUGGAAUGUACAGGCUGGCCAGUCAGGGCCCGGGUCUCGCCCUGUCUACUCCGGUGCCUCCAUUUAACUGGCCAAUCAGCCCAGGAGGGGCAGGUUCCCCUGGGCCAAGGAUAGCAUUUGCACUAAGGUUCCUCCCCCGCCCCCUCAGUUGCAGCGGGGAAGUUCAUUUCUCGUUUUCUGUCUCCUGUGUGUCUCCAGACCCCAAUCUUCAAAGCAAUUGAAAAGGUCUAUGCAAUAAAGACAGUCACUACAUUCCUCUUA